AUGUCUGAGGGUGGGAGUGUGUCUCCACUGCAGACUGUGAUGGUGCAGUGUGGAGAGCACACUCUGCUGGUCAGAGUCCAGUUGGAUUUAUUUGGCACCAAGCACCUGAUUAAAGCUGCUGACCUGAGCCUGGGGACAGCAGGUUGUCAGCCAACAAAGAUCUUCCCUGAGAACUGCACUGUCCUGUUUGACUAUGGGCUGCAUAAGUGUGGCAGCAGACUGCAGAUAAUGAGUCCUCCUGGUAUCUUUCAGAUGACUGGAGAUUUCCUGAUCUACACCACCCACCUGACCCACAUCCCAAACUAUCCUGGGUCUGUCAUUGUGAGAACCAAUGGGGCUGUCAUUCCCAUUGAGUGUCGUUAUUUCAGGAAGGGCAAUGUGAGCAGUAACCCCAUCAAGCCCACCUGGAUCCCAUUCAGCUCCACCAGGUCUGGAGAAGGGCAUCUGUCAUUCUCCCUGCGUCUAAUGAAUGGUGACUGGCUUACAGAGCGCACUUCCACUGUCUACUCUCUGGGAGAACUCAUUCACAUUGAGGCGUCUGUUUCAAUGGACAACCACAUGCCCCUGAAGCUGUACAUUGACCGCUGUGUCGCUACACUGAGCCCAGGCAAGGACUCCAGCCCCAGAUACAGCAUCAUUGACUACAAUGGUUGCCUCGUGGACAGCAAAGCUGAGGACUCCUUUUCGACCUUUGUGUUGCGGAGAAACCAGCGGGAGCCGGACAAGCUCAGGUUUGACCUGGAUGCCUUCCGCUUCUAUGGAGAUGAGCGUUCCUUGAUUUUCAUCACCUGUCACCUGAAAGUUGCUGCAGUGGAUCAGGGAGAUUCCAGGAACAAAGCUUGUUCUUUCCAGAAGCUGCACAAGAUGUGUGUCCCCCACUCCCUGUCCCUUAGUGGUGUUGCUGAGGAGAGGUGA